AUGGAGUUCAGUCAAGGUGCAAUUGUUGUUCUCAUGUUGGCUGUUUUUGGUGUCUGCAAUGCAUGGGAAAAUUCAAGGCACUUUCAAAGUCUGAGAGGCAUUGGGCCAAAAUCAGACCUGACUCCUGUGGUGUCUGUGUCUGGAGGUCUUGUCUCUUCACCUCCUGGUUUUUUGGAUCCUCUACAAAUGGCUGCUCAGUAUCAGAGUCCUUUGAGUGGUGAUUCCAAGAAGCUUGCACAAGAUCCUCUUGCUUUUCAGUCCAAGCAACUACUGCAAGGUCCAGUGAAGCCAUUGGAUUGGAGAUAUCCUGUAGUUCCUGAAGUACCGAGGGCGUUAGCGGUGGACUUUCAGUUGAGACAGCCUGUAACACCUAGCAGUGUAGCUGUUCAGUGUGGCGAGAGUACGGUAAUCGUAGAAGCAAAGCGAGACUUGUUUAGUAACCGUCAGUUGAUUAAGCCAUCUGGUCUUACUUUGGGAGGAUGUUCUGCUCUUGGUGAGGACUUUGAUUCUAAGGUGAUCAUCUUUGAGUAUGAGCUACAGGACUGCAACAGUGUGGUGACGAUGACUGACGAUGAGCUUGUCUACACCUUUGCUCUUACUUACACCCCUGAGCCAUUUGCUGGAACUCCAAUUUACAGGGCUGAUAGUGCCAUCAUUGGCAUCCAGUGCCAUUAUCCAAGGCUUCAGAAUCUGAGCAGUAAUGCCUUGAAUCCAGCAUGGGUCCCUUUUGCUUCAGUGGCGGCUGGGGAAGAUAUCUUGGUUUUCUCCUUGAAGCUCAUGACUGAUGACUGGUCCUUCCAGAGGCCUUCCAAUGUGUACUUCCUGGGUGAUGUUAUAACCUUCGAAGCUUCCGUGAAGAUGUACAAUCACGGGCCUCUACGUGUUUUUGUGGACAGUUGUGUGGCUACUCAAGUGCCUUCUGUGCAAGCUCAGCCAAGAUAUUCCUUCAUUGAGAAUCAUGGGUGCUUCGUGGAUGGCAAGACUACUGGUUCCAACUCCUACUUUCUGCCUCAAACUCAGACUGACAAAAUACAGUUCCAGCUAGAAGCCUUUGUUUUCCAGCAGGGAGGCAGUCCCUCUAUCUACAUCACAUGCUCUCUGAAGGCCACCCUUGCCUCCACACCCACUGAUGCCCAGCGCAAGUCUUGUUCCUUCCAUGCAAAUGGGUGGUUUGCUGCUGAUGGCGAUGACCAAGUUUGUGGUUGUUGCGACUCGACAUGUGGCUCUGACAGUGGAAGUGCCUCCACUUCCUAUGCAGGCCCUCAAUGGGAAGGGAAGACCACCUUUGGCCCCAUCAUGGUUCAGGGGCAGAAAGAGCCUUGA